CUGUCUCUGUAUUAAAACUCCUCUCUCUCUAUAUGUACAUAUAUCUGUGUCGUGGCCGCGGAUACCGCUGGUUUUGUGGUGGCUGUCAGAGUCACGACUACGAACAUAUUUUCUCUACCAGGCACAAGCAGUUACACGCCACAUGGCAAUGGCGUACGACGUGUCACUAUCAACCGUGUUGUUGAACGUCCGUUCAUCGUUCUCCGAAAAAAAAUCACCUUCGAUCCUCAUCAUUUUAUCCGUCAUCAAACACUGUGUCACCGACAAUCGUAACUUGCAGUUUUAAACUAUUCCCGCUCAGCGACAUCCUUACAAAUGUCACCGCAGAUUUGAAAUAUUUUUUUCAAUUGGUAUUUUUUUAUUUAAUUAGAAAAAUUUUAUACCAGGGUACGUAGACAAUAUAACCGGUUGUGAGAAUAUUUUUAACUAUCUGCAAUAUGGCGUCAACCGAUUUGUCGUCUGGCUCAAUCCCACCUUUCUACCGUGAAAUUUAUGAGAAGAUAUGUUCACCUACCAGUGGAAAUGUCGAACGCGAAGUCUUCAAAUCAUUGCUUGUUAAAUCACAAUUAAGCAGUCCUAUUUUGAGCCAGAUAUGGGACCUCGUGGACAGUAGAACAGGAUUUUUGAGCCGCAGUGGACUUUAUAAAGGACUAGCACUUGUAGCAUUUGCUCAACAGGGUAAACAACCAAGUGAUAAAUUAUUAGAAAAUGUUGAAUCUCAAGAACUUCCAGUUCCUGUGCUCGGCGAUCUUUCAGAAGUAACUCUAUUAGCGCAAAGAUUGUACAAAGGAAACAACCCAGCGAAGUUGAAUCUUACGUACUCAGAUAUUUGUAAAUUAGAUACGAUAGAAGUUAAUUUAGUUCCGGAGCGCAAAGGAAUUUUUUUAAAACACGUAGAGUAUCAAGUAACAAGUAAGGCUUUUAAUUCAAUUGUACACAGGAGGUAUAAUGACUUCGUUUCUCUUCAUGAUCUCCUCCUUGCACGAUUUCCGUAUCGGUUAAUACCAAAACUGCCGCCUAAAAAAAUUGUCGGAGCGGAUUCUCAAUUCUUAGAAGAACGAAGAAGAUCACUCUUACGUUUUCUCAUCCUAAUAGCACGUCAUCCAGUCGUCAGAACAGACCCGAUAGUACAAUUUUUUUUUACCUACACCGGCGAAGAGACGCAAUACAAAAUACGUGAUGUCUUUCGUCGCGUACCCGACGAGUUUGCAACGUCAGAGCUGUCGUCACGAGCGAAAGAACUGGUACCCCCGGAAACUCUAACGGAAUUCGCUAACAGCCGGGAUCAAAUACGAAUGAUACUAUGCGGAAUAUCGAGAUUAAAAAAUAUCGCGGAUUGUUUGGCGAUAAGGUCGCACUCUUACGCAGCGGAUAUGGCUGAAUUGGGAGCACAACUGAGCAAUUUAGCUGCUGAACCCCAUGGGAACAGUGGAUGGGCCAGUGGUGGUUCAACUAUUUGGCAGAAUAUGAAAAAAGGAUUUCAUGUAAUUGCCAAGGAAUUUCAUUUAUUAUCAGCACGUGCAUUGCAACAAGCGGUGCGUGAAGAAACGACGGUAUGCGAGAGAUUGAAUUUAUUAUUAGACGUUUUAGUUGCGCAUCGAACACUUUGUGAAAGACAUGAACGAGGAGUUAGUGCUGAUCAUCAACGCGCGUUGUCAACAAUGUUAGCAUUAAAAAAACGACAAAUGCAAGGUGUAAUACGCGGUACCGAUGCUGAUACUGUGGAAUAUUUAGAAAAUAAAAUGGUAGCACAAGAAUCAGUAAUAGCUAAUGUUGAAUUAAGAAAUUCAUUUUCGUUGCACUGUUUGCAUAUGGAGACGCAACUUGUUCACGCACAUCUCGAAAUUCUUGCUACUGUAUUACAAAGCCUGGUUAAAGUUCAAAUUCGUGGACACUCAGAGUUAGCUGAAGUGUGGAAAUUAAUAGAACCAACGAUAAUGAAAUGUCUGCCGGAAAAAACGGCCAUUGACAUAAACGGAACUACAGACAAUGAAGGACCACUUGUAUGAUUUUCAAUACAUGUUAAUUGUUAUUAAUUUUUUUAAUUAUAAUUAUAAAUUUUCUGUAUUAGAAAUGUACAUUUACCUGAUAUUAUUAACUAUUUAGUUUAUUUAAGUAAGCAGUUAUAAGCUAAGGUUUGUGCAAUAGAGUAUAAAAAAAUUAUUUUUCAAAAUUUAAUCAUGGUUGAUUGUACUUAAAGCUUUACUUUGUAUACAAAAAUCGUAUAAAGUAGUUUUG